AUGGUGGGCCAUUAUGAUGAAAAUUUAUUAUCAGAUAUGUUGCCGGUGUAUUAUACCAGAUUAUUCCCUCAAAACAUUUUCUGUAGAUGGCUUGCCUGUGGGAAUAGUCCGCAACCCCUCUCAAAUAGAGAGUUAUCGUUUACGUUGGCUGAUGAUGUUUACAUACGAUAUUUGUCCAUAAACAAUCAGAAAGAAUUUCAAGCUUUGCUUCUAAAGAAAUGCCCAUACAAAUUGGAUAUUGGUGCAGUUUAUAAUAAUAAACCCUCUAUUUCGCGUCAUGAUGCCGUAGUACUGGCACGGGAACUUGUAUUUGAUAUAGACUUAACUGACUACGACGAAGUCAGAACAUGCUGUCAAGAAGCUAAAGUUUGUGACAAGUGUUGGAAAUUUAUGGUAAUCGCCUGUGAAAUUAUACAUACAUCGUUAAAAGAUGACUUUGGUUUUCAAAAUAUUUUAUGGGUGUUUUCUGGAAGACGUGGUAUUCACUGUUGGGUAUCAGAUUAUGAAGCAAGAACUCUAGACAGUCCUGGAAGGGGUGCAAUUGCCGAUUAUCUUUGCUUGAUUAUAGGUGGAGACAAUCAAAAUAAAAAGGUUAAUUUAGGUGUUGAUAAUCUCCAUUCAAGCAUCAAAAGAUCUAUUGGUAUCAUUGACAAGUAUUUUGAGGAGAUCAUGCUGGAUCAAGAUUUUUUAGGAGCAUCAGAAAGAAUACAGAAAUUUUUGAAAAUGAUUCCCGAUGACUCUUUAAGGGAACAAGUACAGAAAAAUUUUGAGAAAAAUUCUGGAACUUCUUUAGAAAAAUGGCAUUUGUUUGUUAAUACAUAUGACACAUACUUAAGAGAGAAUGGAAAUGCAAUUCGCAAGACAAAGUACUUGGUGGAUGAAAUCAAAAUACAAUACUGCUACCCGCGAUUGGAUGUUAAUGUUACGAAAGGGUUCAAUCAUCUUCUAAAGUCACCAUUCAGUAUCCAUCCAAAAACUGGGAAAGUUUCUGUAGUAUUCAAACCAAGUAGCGUCCGAGAUAUGAAACUAGAUGAAAUACCAACCAUAUAUACUUUACUUGAUGAUACCACUCCUGAUAAUGUUCAAAAUCAAAAUAACAUGAGAAACGCAGUCAAAGUUUUUCAAGAAGUUGUGUUUUCUUUAGAGAAGGCCGAAGCAAUGAGAAGAAGAAAUGAUGCUAAUACGACUAUGGAGUUC